GGAAACGGAAUGAAUAUCUAGGAGCUCAAGUUGCGUCUAGACUUCGAUGCAAAAGGGCGGGUGGAAUCCCAGCGGGGGAAGCUAGUCAAAGACACGUGAUUAAAUCGAAAUUUAGGCGAGCAACCGCCGCACCAAGAUCAUUUUGGAGGAAAAUUAAUUCCCUCUUCUACGAUACGAAAUCGACCACCACAACAAACCAACAGACUGCUAAUUAACAACAGUCGCAAUGGCGAAAUCCAAGAACUCGUCCCAACACAACCAGUCGAAGAAGGCUCACCGUAACGGUAUCAAGAAGCCAAAGACCUCCAGAUACCCAUCCCUCAAGGGUACCGACCCCAAGUUCAGAAGAAACCACAGACAUGCUCUCCACGGCACAAUGAAGGCUUUGAAGGAGUUGAAGGAGGGCAAGCGUGAGACCGCAUAAAUUUGAUAAUAUCUUAUUUUAUGGGACUUGGUUGUGGGCAGUAGUUGCAUUCCGAUAUUUUGCUCUACAGGGAAGUGGAAGCAAGCCGACGACAUAAACCUGGAUUAGACACUGGGGGCGAUAGUUCUAUCCUUUGAAUCAACACAAGCUACACCA